AGUACCAAGACCCACAACAGCAGAAGGCAAAGUUUGAUCAGAAGUCCAAUCUGAAUACUCGAAAAUCAUACAUUAUGACGUCUGAUCAUGCUGUGACGCCUGAUUACAUUACGGAGUUUAUGAAGGCAAACUUCGAGUACUUCUCAGACGCUUUUGUGGACUGCUUCGAUGACCCCGACGAUGAUAUGUCAGCGACCUAUCUAGUGGACGUCCGCACCUUCAAUGAAAACCCUUGUCGCUACUUCAAAAAUUGCUUCUGUCCGAAUAUGAAACCUCAGCCAGAUAUCGCGGGGCAAGGUGUAAGUCAUGACUUUCAGAACUCCAGAUCCAUUAUAUCCUACUCUUAUUCACUGGGUCCAGGUAUUGAUCGCAUUCGCCAUCACUGCUUUUAUCACCCUUUGCUUGUCGAUAUACUGCCUCUUAGUAGGUCAUACCAAUGAACGACGGCAGACUUUCAAUCCAGUCGACCGAUAUGUUCGCAAACGCAUCUCUGAGCCUCUUCGGCACUUCAUGCAUCGGAAGGGAUUCAGCCCGGACUUGCAAUCUCUCGUUGCCUACGACCUCGUCAAUACCUUUAGCGACCUUCAGCUUGUGACUGGACUCGCAGUUUUAGUCGCCGGUUUCAGCGAGCUAGCCACCGGGACAAUCUCGAUUUACCACUCUUUGAUCAUCACUGAUCUCGCGUGGUUUUGCACCAACUCCCACCUACUAUCGCUGGCGGUCACUCGAAGCAUGAGAGACAGCGUCAAGAAGACGCACCCGCAUCGUUAUAGUCGCGAGCAUACCGAAACAGCUGCACGUCUCGUUCGAGCCUUACGGAUCACAUUGAUGGCCGCUACAUUUGCGUUCCUACAAAUUGCGUUCUUUGGUACUGGCUACAAGGACAUGUACAACAUUGAACCAAACUGCCCGAUGAAGUGCACUUUGAGCGAACCUAAGGGAGGGAGGGCUCUAAGGUUGAUGGUGACUAACAUGGUUUUGAUGGCCUACUUUUAUGCAGUACAGAUCUUCCUCACCUGGCGAAGUGGUCGUAUCUUCUGGAUGGACCACAUCAGAGGGUCCCUCAUCGACAAGCAAGGUCAAACAGUCAAUAUUCUGAACCCGGAAGUGGUGUUCAAGCAGUGGACCGAAAACAGAGUUUUGAAGACGCUGAAGUCAACGGUUCUGGUCGUCUGGUACUGUCUUGCGUCUGAAGCUGGGGUCCUGUUUGGACUCACCAUUUAUUUUGUAUUUGGGGUGUAUUCUCUCAUCGAUGAUCGGGUCCGUGGGCACAAAAAGAUGGACCAAAAGGUCCAUAAUGAAGAGGACGAGGUUGUUUACAGCCAGCUGGUCCCAAUCUUCGUAAUGAUUAUCCCAUUCAUGGGGAUAUUUGAGUCUUAUGCACGACAUUCGAAGGCGGUCAGGGAGUAUGAAGCCAACGAGCUAGAAAGCCGAACAUCAGAGGGAUCUUAAGGACAAUUUUGUUUCAUGCGAACCUUGGAGAAGAACCGGGACGAAAAGAUGGAAAAUGAGUACACAGAAUGACGUACAGGAUGAUUGUAGCUGAGGCAAGGAGGGAGGAUACCAUGCGGAAUGCCAUAAUACGCCGGACAUCGGAUUGAAUUCGAUUUAGAGAAAAUGUCAGCUUUUUCGCACAGUCAAAGCAACAUGGCGGUGUUCGUCGUGUGUUUGCCCUCAGGGUUGGCCAGCACGUUCCCAUCGUUGCCUCUUCCGGCGGUGUCACGGAUCGUCGAAGCGUUGACACUUUCACCCACUAAGAGGCGUACGAGGAAAGUCCGUCAGCCGGCAAGGCAGAUGUCCCAUGAGACAUGAAGAAGCCACACCAGGCAGAGAGUUGACAUGAGAACGUCGAGAUUUGACAGAGUUCCUAGGGGUAAGGGCUGAAUGGAAGCAAUAAAUGGGAGCAGGCACCGACAUUUGCCCAGCGCCACAACG